CUUCUAUGGUGGAAGCCCAAGAAAAGUAAAAGGAAAAAUACUCCCCUUGACGAACUGCAAAGUAGUUGGUACUUUCUUUAAAUUACCUACUAUCUAGUGGCAAUUUGGUAAUCAACACCCUUUAUAAAUCCCACUUAGAACAAGUCACAUUAUCAUCCUCACCCCUCACACAAAAAUGGUUGCUCCAUCUCACUCAAAAACCUUCCACUCUCUCAAUGCUUUCUCCAUGAAGUCACCACUAUCUUCUUCUUCUUCUCCUUCAACCUUAAGCUCCAUGAAGCUCAAAACCCUAAUCCACACUCUCAUCUUCUCACACAUGUGCCGCAUCGCUGGUGCCCUCUCGAAAGCAAAGUCAAUUCUCAUUCAAAUCCUCAAGGAUAUCCAACUCAUUCAAUUCAUUGACCCCUUAAAGAAGAACAACAAGAACAAGAACAAACUCUUCUUUGGUUCAUUUAGACUUCACUACAAUUGGUGCUCUUCUCAUGUACUCCCCGUGCCUUCGCCUGUCCUAGAUGGGCUUUCUAAGAGCCACGCGUACUACGAUUCCACGUGGAAUUCUAUCAUUGCUACAGAGUAUGAUGACGUGGCGGAGUCACAGCUCUCGGGGUACCUCCAUUGGCUAGAAGAGAAGGUUCAUGAGAAAUCUAGUGGUGGUGAUCAUAUGAAUGAGAUUGAUAAGCUAGCUGAUAUGUUCAUUGCUAAUAGCCAUGAGAAGUUCAUGUUGGAGAAACAAGAGUCCUAUAGGAGAUUCCAAGAGAUGAUGGCCAGAAGUGUGUGAUGGUCCUUCCACAACUUUUUUUAUUUUAUUUUAUUUUAUUUUUAUUGUUGUGUAUGUGAUAAUAGGUGGGUAUUGAGUGGGGUUGUGAAUUUCUUUCACCUCUUGCUUCUCUCUCUUACAUGUUAACAAUGGGCUUUAACCAUUUUACCUUUCUGUAUUCAAAAAUUAAACUAGUGUACUGAUGAAUUUUGUUUGAAAUUACAGUUGAAUAUGAUAAUUACUUUUUCCUCAAAAA